UGUGAGUUCCCGGAUGUCUUUCACGUGUAUUAAACAAAACACAGACGGAUGGUUGACAUGUCUCCGGUCCGACGGCAGCGGUAGGGAAGAGCUGUGAGGCGCAGGCCAAACUAAAGAAGAGCAAACGAAGCUUUCGUGGAUCUGAAAAGUUAGGUGGAUACGGUCUGGUGAGAAAUGGCGGAGGGAGGCUUCGACCCUUGUGAGUGCAUCUGCAGUCAUGAAUUUGCUAUGAGGCGUCUCAUCAACCUGCUCAGGCAAUCCCAGUCUUACUGUACAGACACAGAGUGCCCUCAGGAGUUGCCAGGACCUAAUGGACUAGUCGGUGGAGAUGGAGAUAUGACCCUCCCCAUGGUUCUGAUGGGAUGGGCUGUGGUGGCCCUGGUCCUGUUUUUGCUCCGCCCAUCCAGUCUCAGGGGAUCACGUCCUACAGGAAAACCCUCUGGACCUCAGAAUAAUCACAGAAGGGAACCCCCAGCCCCACCUGUUGACUAACACUGAAUCAAGACAUCCAGCAGUCAUCGUGCUCUUUUCGGAGGAACACUCUUGGUUCUAUUUGCUACCAGGAUAUUCAGCUUUUACUCACGUUUUCACUCCUCUGCCGCCUUUUCUUUUUUACAAAUUCUGUUACAGGUCUGUCUGUGAGUCUUCCUCUGAGAGCCCUACCGAACCCAAAUCAAUGAUAUAUCACAGGAUGAGGGGAUAUUUAAUGGUGCAGUAGUGUAAUAUAAGUCGGUAGUCAUUAUUUAAAGCCCAACUCCAACCAUAUACAUAUAUAUAUAUAUAUAUAUAUAUAUAUAUAUAUAUAUAUAUAUAUAUAUAUAUAUAUUUGUUUUGUUUUGUAAAAUUGCAGUUUUAAUCAUAAGUUAUUUUGCAUAAAUUCCCUUUAAUGCUAUAAGAACAUGUUAAAAACACAAAAAGAUCAUUUUUAUUGGAGUGGGUCUUUAACAUAUUAAAAAUUACUCCUAUGCUUAAUUUAAAAAAUUGCUUUAUUGAAUAUGAAUGCACAUAUAAAGAUGUUGGGCUCCAUUACUGAUGCAUCUUUGAAUAUCAAGACUGUAAAAUAUGACCUUUGAUGAUUUGGUUGGACUUCCUUUCUCAUCAGGAGAUGAGCUGAGCUCAGAUACAAUCUUACAGUGAAGAUCUAUGACAUGUUUGGUUAAUGAAGCGGUUGCUAAUGAAUUCACUUUGUAUGAUUAACAGUGGUGGGUGUCUCAAACGGCUCUAAAACAUUCCACUUUUUCUAAAAAUAAUGUUAUAAAUUCAAACGGUGCCAGUCAGAAGGAUCAUAUUAAGAGUAACUUGUUCAUCCAGUGAAAUAACAGAAUGUGUCGCUUUUACAUUGAGCUAGCUCUUGAAUUGUGGUUUAAUUUUUAGAAACACUAAUUUUGUUUUCGGUAAAUGAUAUCCAUGUGUUUACUGUCAUGUUUCUCCAAAAAAUCUACAAUUAAUCGUCUUAAAUAACAUUGCAAGAGAGAUUGUAGAUGUUGGUUAUGGGAGACUAAAAUCUGAGCUAAAACUUGACAUAUGAGAUUAAAGGGUAUGAUCUGACAUUAAUACUUGUCAUGGACAAAUCAGCUUUAAGAGUAAGUAGAAUUUUGUUUGACAGAAAUAGUGAAACUGAAAAAAGUAAAGCUAAAAAAUGUAUUUUGUCUGCGUUUCUUUUCUUCAUGACAACAAACCCAAAGUUUCUUGCUUUUGUUUCAUUUUACAUCCAGGAAAAGCUGAUGAACAUAUUCUUAAUUUUUUUUGCCAAUGUGAAUGAAUCAUUGAGGAGUUGUAGAGCACUUUUCUGAAAGAUGUUAUUUUGUUUAUAUGAAACCUGUGUUAAGAGGGGAGCAGAAUAUUUUCCUGUUGCUUGUCAUGCUUGAAGCACUGACAAAUGCAGUAUCCUUUUCUGUUUAACUGAACCUUUUGUUUCCUUACCUGGUUUCCACUUUUUAGCAGAAUCAUUAAAUCCAAAAAUCACCAGCCGAACCUUCAUACUGUACCCUGUAGCAAGAGGAUUUUGUUUUUCUUGAGCUCAACAAUGUUGUCUAGCAUUUCUGAGAGUCUAUGUUGGUCUUUGGUUUACGUCCCAUCCUGAUAAUGCCAGAAUAUAAAUGAAUUAAUCAAUGGGUUUUGAAUUGUAAAGUUUUACCUUAUGGUGCAUUUGUACUUCCAUAUCAGUAAAUCACUUCUUUUUAUACUGCAAUUUUUUUGGUUUGUUUUUUAUUUUCCAGGAAAUGCCAAAAAAGGGCUACAGGUUUUCUUUUCUUAAAGCACUUGUGCAAGGGCAACAAAUUAUCACUGAGAUGGAUAAAUGGAAGAGACCUCAAAUUAUACUGUUCUAAAUGUGUAAGGGCUUAAACUAUGCACUUUUCCUACAACAAAUAUGAAUAAAAAUGUAAGUCUUA